UACCCGAACAUUUGGAUAAAGAAACAAGACAGGGUUUUGCGGAGAGAAUAGUGGAGUGCAUGGUGCUCCCAGAGGUGAGGAAUCGUGUGAGAGAGCUUCCUAUUGAGGUGCAGGACAGCAUAUGUUGUAAUGUAUACCGGUGCAUUGUCCCAUACUUGGAAGUGUUGUACCUGUUAGAGGAUAAGGAUGGGGAUAUGAUGAAAAUGGAGGUUGAGGCGUAUAUGGAAAGGCUAAAUCACUUCCUUCAUGUAACCAUGGAAGGCCUCAAGGAAAAGUUGCAGAAGAAGUUGGAGCAGAUAGAGAGUCUUAUUAGUAGGGCGAUGGGACAGGCGGAUGCUAAUAAGGCACUGGAGUCGCUGAGAGACGCUGUGAGUAAUGUGAAGAUAGAGAUGGGGAAAUUAGAGGGUGGUGAAAGUGGUGCGUUCAAUUUAAUGGAGAAGUUCUCCCCCCUCCAGGCCACUCAGCAGGUGAUUGCUGAUCUUAUAAUAAUGUCCAAAAGUAGGGCUAAACAUGAGGGUUGGAAGAAGUGGUACAAAUGUGUAGGAGAGUACGAGAGGGAUUUGAAAGACGCUGUGGCUGUGUAUUACAAGAUUGGGAAGUCAGCAAUGGAGAAGACAACCCGUGGAGCCAUCCUCCAUUUCUGUCCAUCUUUUAAGUUUCACCCCUAGCUCUCAAUUCAACCCUUCAGAUAGAGGCUGAGCCGCCGCCACCGCCGCCCCACCUCCACCUCCUGCCGCUGCUCCUUCUGUUAUCUGCUACUUUACUUUCAUGGUUUCUUUUUUCUCUUUUAAGUGAACCCACCCUGACAGUUGGGUAUCAACGGUCGUGUAUGUGACCCCUUAUCUGAUAGUUUUUAUCUUUUAUUGAUGUUGGGAUAUUAUUUGGAAAUUUUUAAAUGCAUGGUAAACUUCUUUUUCUU